AUGUCGACAGAUUGUGGUCAUGAACGAUCUUUGACACAAAUCAAGUUCAACGCCGAAGGAGACCUCUUAUUCACAUGCUCCAAGGAUAACAUCAUCAACGUCUGGUACUCACAUAACGGAGAGCGGCUGGGAACAUAUGAAGGAAACAAUGGAACCGUGUGGACUGUAGAUGUUGAUCCCCAAACAAAAUACCUGGUGUCAGGCGCUGCCGAUAAUACCCUGCGACUGUGGGCAGUUGCAACAGGAAAAUGUCUGUUUACAUGGGAGUUCCCCACAGCUGUGAAACGAGUCGCUUUCAACGAGGCUGGAACUCAAGUCGUCUGCAUCACCGAACAGCGUAUGGGUCACCAAUGCGCUAUCAGAGUUUUCGCUAUCAAUCAGGAGGGAGAUGGUACAAAACAAUCGAAAGAACCUAUCUUCAUGUUCAACCCCAUCGGCUCAAAAGCCACGGUCUGCGCAUUCACACUACAGCCCCAUAUCAUCAUCACCGGCCACGAGUCAGGAAAAGUCGCAUUGUUCAACGUUAAGACGGGAGAGGAAGUUGACAGCAAUGAGCGGGCGCACGGUGACGUUGUCACCGAUAUGCAGAUGAGCAAGGACUGGACAUACUGCAUUACCAGUAGCAAGGACAAGUCUGCUCGGAUACACGAUACCAAAAAUCUCAUGGUCAUCAAGACCUUCACUACCGAAACUCCUCUGAACAGCGCCGCUCUUGCUCCCAGCCGUCCAUACGUCCUGCUCGGUGGUGGUCAGGAAGCCAUGAACGUCACCACCACAUCCUUGCGUCAAGGAAAAUUCGAAACCCGAUUCUGGCAUAAAGUCUUCGAAGAGGAGGUCGGACGCGUCAAGGGCCAUUUCGGACCUAUCAAUACUAUUGCUGUCCACCCCGCUGGCACAUGUUAUGCUUCCGGGGGAGAAGAUGGUUUCGUGCGCGUUCAUCACUUUGAUGACUCUUAUUUCAGGGCGAAGCCUUACGGAGACCUAGAAAUCAUCGAGUGA